AUGGUUGGGUUGUUGGUUUGCAAUAAGGGAGACCCGUGUCCCAGUUGCCACUCAGCCAUGGCAUUAGUAUCAACUGAACCAUCCCAAACGAUAGCUCUGCCUGAUGCCAACCUAAGAGAAGAUAUAAAUGAUGCUCUCUCUGAGAUGAGGGUUUCUUUGGAACAAAACAGUCCCGAAGAAGUACUAGCUAAUGCUGAGAAAGAUUUGAAAGCAUUAAUGAAUACAAGACUUGAUAUUGCUAUCACAGGGGCUUCAGGAACUGGUAAAUCAUCUCUGGUGAAUGCCUUUCGCAAUAUUACAGAAAGUGAAGAAGGUGCAGCUGAAACUGGGGUGAAACAAACUACUAUGAUUCCAGAGGAGUAUCCCCAUCCUCAUUUCCCCGGAAUAACCCUAUGGGAUCUACCUGGAAUCGGAACACCUGGAUUUCAACCAAAGGAAUACCUACAGAAGAUCAAUUUUAGCAGGUAUGACUUCUUCAUUAUUGUGGCCUCCGAACGCUUCACUAUGAAUGAUGCCAUGCUGGCCUCAGAAAUUCAAAAGACGAAGAAGUCUUUUUACUUUGUUCGCACCAAGGUGGAUCAGGCCAUGGAUGCUGAAAGAAGGAAGCCGAACUUCAGUGAGAAACAGACCUUGGAAGUGAUAAGAAAAUACUGCCUUUUCAAUUUGAUAAAAGGAGGAGUAGUCAAUCCAAGGAUUUUUCUAGUAUCUAGUUGGCAUUUGAAUAUGUAUGAUUUCCCUUUCCUGCAGAUGACCCUAGCAAAUGACCUGAAUGAUCUCAAAAGAUUUCUUCUAUUUAUGGCUAUGUCACCUUUCUCAAGAGAGAACCUGCUAGAGAAAAAGGCUGCUAUGGAGGCCGUUAUCUGGAAAAAAGCCUUGUUGUCCUGUGCUAUUGGGGUGAUCCCUCUGCCGGGUCUCUCUCUAUCUGUUGACAUUGGCCUCUUGGUGACAACUCUGAAGGAUAUCUGCAAGGCCUUUGGCUUGGAUGAAGAUUCCCUCUGCAACCUAGCAAACCGGGUUGGCAAACCUGUAGAUGUGCUGAGAUCUGCUGUCAAAAAGACUCCGUUGGCCAACCAGAUCAAUCCACAAUUUGUGCGGUCUCUAAUAACCCCAUCACCGUUGGUCGGGUCUGCAAUGGUGCUGGAAAUGAUUUCAGACUUCAUACCUGGCAUGGGCUCUCUAGGUGCAUAUUCUUUUUCUACCUCAUUUUACAUGCUGAAGCGCUUCUUAGAAGAUGCAAUGAAAGAUGCUGAGAACGUUCUGGCAAAAGUUGUUGAGUAAAGAUCCUGCUGAAAAGGUUCCGACCUUCAGGUUUGUUCCCAUUUGGCUUCCAAAGAGCAAAUAAUGUCGUCC